CAGUCAAACCUAACCUCAAUUUCUCUGUAAACAAAUAUACACAUUUCUGAUGGAAACAUACAGAGAGUUGAUUAAUUUUCAUUUUUUUUAUAAAACUAGUAAAUAAAAAAUUAAGUCCCUCAAAUCUAGUCUAUUACAAUAUAAUUUAGAAUAUUCAGUGAAUGUGAUUUUUAUUUAUUUUUUUUCUUCCCGCGCCUCCUAAGAAUAAAAAUGGAUACAAAGUGGAAAAAAUAUUUAUUUUGGUUUGCUCAUGAGCACGUGGAUUUUCGUAUUGCCGAAAUGGAAUCAAUUUUAGAUAUGUUUAAAAUAACAUCGAGAACAAUAUUAAAACCAAAGGAACAUCCAUUUUGGAUUGUUGAAUUACCAUCAAUAAAUUGUGUUUAUCAAAUUGCCAGCCGUUCUGUAUCGCUUCGUUAUUGUCUUGAAUUAUGGGCAAUGUCAAAAGAUAUUGAAACCCUUCAUAGUUGUUUAAAAUCUUAUACCAAUGAAAAUAUUGAACAUUAUCGUAAACAAUCGUUUAAAAUAAAUGUUAAAACAUUUUGUAAACAUUUUUCACAAAAGGAUAAAGUUGGAAAAAUAGAAUUAUUUAAUUAUUUACCAUUAGAGGGUUCAGUGAAAUUAAAUAAUCCCGAAUUGAAUUUAUAUUAUUUUGAAUAUUAUGGUUUAGAUCCAAAUUGCAUUCCACAAAAACCAUUUCAUUUAUUUUUUGGACGAUGGAUCAUCGAUGGACAAAGGGAUUUAAUACAGAAAUUUUCAUUAAAAACACGCAAAUUUAUAGGAAAUACCUCAAUGGAUCCACAAUUGUCAUUGAUGAUGGCAAAUCAAGCACAAGUACAAAAUGGAGAUUUAGUCCUUGAUCCUUUUGUUGGCACUGGAUCUCUUCUAAUAGCCGCAUCACAAUUUGGUGGCUAUACACUAGGAACUGAUAUAGAUUAUUUAAUGCUACACGGUCGUACGCGACCAAGUCGAAUAUCACAAAAAUCACGUGAUAUUGAUGAAAAUGUUGCGGCCAAUAUGAAUCAAUAUGGAAUAACAUCGUAUUUUGUUGAUGUUGUUGUUGCUGAUUUUUCAUGUCAACUUUGGCGCGAUACACUUUCAUUAGAUGCAAUAAUCACUGAUCCACCAUAUGGUGUACGUGAAUCAACAGAACGUGUUGGUUCAACAAAAACGGGUUCAACAAUUGAGGCACAUCAAAUUGAAACGCAUAUACCGUCAAAAGUUGUUUAUGAUUUAAAUGAAAUAUUUCAAGAUUUAUUAAAUUUUUCCGCAAAACAUUUGAAAAUAAAUGGACGUCUUGUUUGUUGGUUUCCAUUAUUUACUGAGGAUCAUUCUGAGGAAUUUGUACCGACAAAUUCAUGUCUUCAGCUGCUGGCAAGCUCGGAGCAAAUACUUAGCGCAAAUACAAGUAGAUUGUUAUUAACUUAUCGAAAAGUACGUGAACCACAAUUGUGAAUUAUUGUUUUCUUUUUUAAUUCUUUAUAAAUAUAUUUACAAACAUUAUACAUUUAUAAACUAGGACAUUUUUUGAUAUUGUAAUACAAUCGAAUUUUUACAUUUUUAGACUGGUUUUGUAAUUUAAAUAAAGAAAAUCAACUCGAA